UUGAGAGGCAAGUAGCUCACAUGUGCUACAGAGUGAGGGGAAAGGGUAAAAUCCAAGGAUUUCUGCUGAUUUAGCAGAAUAUAUUUGCCAGGACAACUCUUACGACCCUCAGUUAGUUUUCCGACAUAGGUGUUGUUACUCACUGAUCCACCAUUCUCAUCUUUCAGCUAGCUAAAUGAAUGACUAGCACUUACCAAAUCGUUGCUCUCCCCUCUGGACUAAGUACUACUGUUUGGUGGACUUCAUGUGUGCCCUGUCUGCUGUCCAACAAUGAGGAUACCGUUUUUGUUUAUCACAAGAAGGUGUAAGGCUUUUCGCAGUCUGCAACAAAGCCCCUUUUUAUCCCCCAUUUCAGCUCAAUUAAGGCAUCAGAGGAUCGCUGUUUUGAGACACACCAGCACCCAUCUGUGCAAAGAUGAAGGGAGUUACUACAUCACCACCCCCAUCUUCUAUGUAAACGCCGCUCCUCAUUUAGGACACUUGUAUUCAGCAGUGUCAGCUGACUGCUUACACAGAUAUAAGCUACUAAAGGGAUUCAACUCAAAGUUUGCUACAGGCACAGACGAACAUGGCUUGAAAAUCCAACAAGCUGCGGAUGCUGCAGGGAAAGAUCCACUCACCUUCUGCACCGAUGUGUCAGAAAGAUUCAAAUAUCUCUUCAGCAGCUGCAACAUAUCGUACACAGACUUUAUAAGAACCACUGAGGAGAGACAUCGGCAGGCCGUGGAGCAUUUCUGGUCUGUCCUUUGGAACAAAGGGCUAAUCUACAAGGGGAGCUAUGAAGGCUGGUACUCCACACAAGAUGAAAGCUUCCUCACACCACUGCAGGUGACCGAUGCUUUGGACUCGACAGGGAAGGAGAUCAAGGUAUCGCUGGAGAGUGGCCACAAGGUGGAGUGGAUGAAAGAGGAGAACUACAUGUUCCGCCUGUCUGCGUUCCGAUCUCAGCUGCUCGACUGGCUCAGAGUAAAUCCCAGAGCUGUACAGCCUGAGCGUUUCUACCAGGCUGUUCUGCAGUGGCUGCAGGAGGACCUACCUGACCUCUCAGUGUCUCGUCAAAGAAACCGUCUCCAGUGGGGGAUCCCAGUCCCCGGAGACCCUGAGCAAACCAUCUAUGUGUGGCUGGACGCUCUGGUGAACUAUCUUACAGUAGCUGGCUAUCCAGACAAACAUGAGCAGUGGUGGCAUGUGGCCCACCACAUUGUGGGAAAGGACAUAUUAAAGUUUCAUGCUAUCUACUGGCCAUCUUUUCUUCUUGGGGCCGGACUACCACUGCCUCAGACGAUACACGUGCACUCUCACUGGACAGUGGGUGGAAAGAAGAUGUCUAAAAGUUUGGGUAAUGUGGUUGAUCCUCUUGAACGUUCGCAGAUGUUCACAACUGAUGGUAUGAGGUACUUUCUGCUGCGUCAGGGGGUUCCAGACUCAGACUGUGAUUAUACAGAUGACAAAGUUAUCAAGCUGCUCAACGCAGAGCUUGCAGACUCUCUCGGUGGGCUGCUUAACCGAUGCACAGCUCCUGCUCUUAACCCAGCCCAGGUCUACCCCUCUUUUUGCACUGAGUCUUUCCCCAUUGAACAGAUUGGCUAUAAGGGCAGGGCUGUGGUUGAAGACUACCAAAUGUUGAAUGCUGUGAAAAGCCUCCCAGCUUUGGUGGAGCAGCACUAUGAGAGCAUGCACAUGUACAAAGCUCUGGAGGCCAUCACUGCCUGUGUGAGGCAAACCAAUGGUUUUGUUCAACGCCACACACCCUGGAAGUUGGAUAGAAGGGACAGCAGACACCAGCGCUGGCUAGACACAAUCAUCCAUGUGUCUCUUGAAUGUCUGAGGAUAUAUGGCACACUCCUCCAGCCAAUAGUGCCGGAGAUAUCAAACAAGCUACUGUCCAGACUUGGGGUGCAACCAGGUGAGAGGAGCUGGGCAGCUCUGAACUUCCUGCCACGGUUUCAGGGAAUGGACUGUCCAUUUGAAGGUAGAGCGCUGGGGUCUGACUCUGGACUGCUUUUUAGUCGUUUGGAAAGGCCAAAUGUAGAUAAACAAAGAACAAAGAAAACAAAAAAGCAGCAAAAAUGA